GGUCAUGAGGUUCAGCUGAGCCAUAGGGGCGUGCUGAUGGCUGAGGAGUUGGCUUUGCCCUCCCUGUCUGGCGUCCCCAUCAAGCUGGGCGCCAAUGUGACCUCUCUUCUUUCCCUGCACCUGAAAGGCAGCAUUAACUACAAGGAUGCUUCUCACUUCUCCCUGAGCGGAUACGUUCGCCCCAGUGCCUAUGUGGGCCUGUCAGCCAGGAUGGGGGUGGAUGGUGCUUUGGGUCAGGCUGCGGUUGAAUGGCUUGCUGAGCUCCAGAGCUCCCCCAGUCUGGAUGGGAGCGUCCAGCUGCAGGAGGGGCGGGACAUCCGGGUCACUUUGAACACGCCGCAGGAUGUAAUCGACAUCAUCUCUCUCAGCUCUGGAGUAUUUCAGCUGAGUGGAAACCACAGAGAUGAGAUAAAGGGAGCAAAGAGUCGGAUCCAGAGGACCACCUGCACACCAAAGAGCUGGUCUAAAAUGAUUGGCUGGCAGCUGUGCUCCAAUGUCUCUUAUCCAUCUGCUGCUGGUCCUACCCUCCCCCCCGCUGGACCGGUCCAUCUCUCACUCAGGCUGCUGAAGCUGGACAGAGGCCUCCAUUAUUACCUGCUGGAGGCUGCUUACUCAUUCCGUUAUCAGGGCGGCGCCUGGUUUCCCAGAGACGCCUCCAUCCACCUCCUGCUGGCCACGCCUCAGUCCUCCAUCCCCAGGGACGUGUCUCUGGACCUGACCUUUGACCCCCACAGAGUCCUGCUGAGAGUCAAACAUCCACUGAAAACCAUCAUUCUACAAGGACAACUGGAGCAAGAGAGGAGAGUCAAAUCAGGGCUGCUGGAACUCACAGUGGACAGCGUUCAAUAUUACAUCAUGGGUUUGAUGGACAGCAGCAGCCUUCAGUCUGAGCAGAGGACACGCUACCACCUGGAAGCUAAGACGGCCGCCUAUGAACACCCCAUGAUUCUGUCCGCUAACGUUAGCCGUGGACCGGGACCAAGGAGCAGCUUCUCUGCUUCCAUGAAGAACGUCUUUAGAGAAACUGCUUCCCUCUCAGUGGCCCUGGAGCGGAGGCGGGACCUCAGCAGCAGCCAAUACUCAGUGGAGGCGGAGCUCUUCUUACCUGGACUGGUGGGCAGCAGGAUGCUGGGACUGAUGGAGCAGAAGGGGGCGCUGUGGAGCUCUUUGCUUAGGGUCAAAUACGGCCUGAGAGGCAACUCCAGGAACCUGCUUCAGGAGUGCUUCACGUCCCAGAGACUGAGGAGCGGGAGGGACUCUAACCUCACCUACAUCAUGAGAGCCGACCAUGAGUUCUUCUGCACUGACACUGCAUCCAUCAACCAUAAGAUCCACGCGAGGCAUGAGGAAGGACCGGCGCACGUUAAAUCACUGCUGGAUUUAAGCUAUGGCAAACACUGGGACCAGAUCAACAACAAGCACACUCUUCUCCUCAGUCAGUCAUUUAAAAACCAGUCUGCACAAAACCACACCAGUUACGUUCUGGAGUUCAUUCUCCAGGUACCAGAGAAGAAUCUGAACUACAGGACGCAGCUGAUGCACUCUGUCCUCACGCAGCAUGGCUCGGAGAGCAGCACCCACUUAAAAAUCAAUUACAACGACCUGAUGCCUCUGGUGGCUGGAUUACACUGGAAAAGCCCCCCCAAAAACUCUCAGCAUAAGAAAUGGGAAGGAACGCUGAGCAUGGACACACCGGGGCUGUACGUCUACACCUCCCACAAGCUGAGCCAGACGCACCCCCGCACCCUGCAGCUCACCUCCGAGCUGACGGCCAGCAAGUGGCUGAGCGUCCAUAAUCUGGUCCUGGACGCUUUCUACAGAGAGAGGGGCAGAGAGAAGGAAGCCCGUCUGGAGGUCUCCUCACCGGCUGCCAACUACGUCCAGGCAGGCGUUCAGGCUGUGGUCGGGAAGCAGGCUCUAAAGGCCCACGGCUCCCUGGCUUCUCUGUGGACUCCUCCUCUGAAAGCAAACGUCUCUCUGGAGACGUCUAAAGCCAGCCUCUCCCUGCUGAUGAGCGCCACAUACGGAAAGCAAAAUGUCAGCUUUGCUGCUGCAGUGAGCGCCACGGAUAAGAAUCUGAAGAAGAAGCAGGCGGUUGUGAAGAUCAGCUUCUCCCAGCCGAAGAGUCGAAGCAUGGAGGUGGAGCUGGAGGGGGGGGUGGAGGAGCUGAGGAGGGACAGCAGGAUGUAUCAGAAAGCAGCUCUGCUCCACCUCAGGUCUGUGAUUCAGACACGGAACCACCAUCAGAUGAAGCCUCAGAGCUGCCAUUUCUCUAAAGAGCAAUUCCUCUGUUUUUAAAGACUUUAUUCA